AUGACAAAGAAGGCAGUGUUGAUAGGCUGCAACUACCCAGGGACAAAAGCUGAACUCAAGGGCUGCGUAAAUGAUGUUAGGAGGAUGUACCAGUGUCUUGUCGAUCGUUAUGGUUUUUCUGAAGAUAACAUAACUGUCUUGAUAGACACGGAUGAUUCUUACACACAGCCAACUGGGAAAAACGUACGCAAGGCGCUGAAUUAUCUCGUUCGCUCUGCUGAGCCUGGAGACUUCUUGUUUGUCCACUAUAGUGGACAUGGGACAAGGUUGCCUGCUGAAACUGGAGAGGAUGAUGAUACUGGUUACGAUGAGUGCAUUGUCCCUUGUGAUAUGAAUCUUAUCACCGAUGAUGAUUUCAGAGAUUAUGUGGAUCAGGUCCCAGAAGGUUGUUGCAUAACAAUUGUAUCUGAUUCCUGCCAUAGUGGUGGCCUCAUUGAUGAGACUAAAGAGCAGAUAGGGGAGAGUACAAAGCGUCAAGAGGAGGAGGAGGAGGAGUCUUCUGGGUUCGGAUUUAAAAACUUAUUGAAACAGACUGUGAAAGAUGCAUUUGAAUCUCGUGGAGUUCACAUCCCUUCUGGAUUGCAUCACAGCAGGCACGGCAAGGAGGAGGAAGAUUUUGAUGACAGAGCAGUCGAAGGAGAGUAUGGUGAGCGAGAGUAUGUGAAAAGUAGAUCUCUGCCUCUAUCAACUCUUAUAGAAAUACUCAAGCAAAAGACUGGUAAAGAUGACAUUGAUGUUGGGAAGCUGAGGCCAACUCUUUUUGAUGUCUUUGGAGAAGAUGCAAGCCCUAAGGUGAAGAAGUUCAUGAAGGUUAUCAUGGAUAAACUCCGACAUGGUGAUGGAGAAAGCAGUGGUGGAUUCUUUGGAAUGGUUGGGAAUCUAGCUCAGGAAUUUCUCAAACAAAAACUGGAUCAUGAUGAGGGGUAUGCACAGCCUGCCGUGGAGACAGAGGUGGGUAGCAAGCAAGAAGUUUAUGCUGGAGCAACUAAGCGUGCACUACCAGAUAGUGGGAUUUUGAUCAGCGGCUGCCAGACUGACCAAACUUCUGCUGAUGCCAGUCCAGGAGGAAAUUCAGCUGAAGCAUAUGGAGCUCUUAGCAAUGCUAUCCAGACUAUACUUGCGGAGGCAGAUGGGGGCAUUUCUAAUCAGGAGCUUGUUUUGAAGGCUAGGAAGAUGCUGAAGAAGCAGGGUUUCACUCAGCGACCUGGCCUCUACUGCAGCGACCAUCAUGUUGAAGCUCCAUUUGUGUGCUGA